AUGAGGACAGGAGGGUACCUUGGGGCUGCUGGUAAGGAGGCUAGUGCCAAGCUACUAAACUUGGAGGCGCCAAUGUUGAGAGCUGAAGCCUCUACGUGGACAGAGUUGGAAUUUCUAACUCAAGGGCUGGGAGAGGGUAGGUAACGGGGACAGAGAGGACAAGACUGACUACCAGUCUAGCAUGGGCCGUCUGUGGUCAAACAUCAAAGGCAGCCCAGAAAACAGGGAAGAAGCGGGGGACAGCAGACUAUUUUGGUCCUUGUGUUUAGGGACUUUUUAUAGCCUCCUUGCUCAAGGCUAAAGAGAGAAGGAGGGGACAGAGGCCGUCCAUGAGGUCAGACAAGCUCAGUGCCCUCCUGGGACCUUGGCAUCUGACCCAGUAUAGUCCCUGAGUGAACAGAGCGGGACACUGGCAGGCUGUCCUUGCUGUCUAGGUUUCAGUCACAGUGGACACAUUCACCACAUACUAGGUGGCAGUGUGGAGUAGUGUGUGGAAAGUUUAACAGGUUGGGCUGAAGUGACCAGGGUCUCUGCUCUAAGGCCUCUGUGAAGGGUGGAGGGCACAUCCUUCUUCACACAUCCUUGCCUAGUCUGUGCCUUUUUGCCUCCAGAAGCAAGGUCCUUCAGACCCCAGAACCAAUAAGUCUCUUUCAGCUGUGUGGGAACGGGAAAUGGGAGGACAGGGGUGGGUGUGUAGAGCCAUGUGGGUGGCCCAUUCUGUGAGCUAACAAGGAAACUGUCAGCUCUUGAUUUACUGUCCCUCCUGCCCUUUUACCCAGGACAAGGGAGGUGAAGAAGAAGGGUCAGAGGUUUCUGGAUGAGAAGCCGGCAGGACCCCGAGGGCAGAUUUCUGGGUGUGCAGGUUAUUAGGCAGACUCAGUGGAGGGAACUGCUUAGUGAGACUGGGGUUCCUGCCGGGGUCCACAGCAUCAGAAGCAGAACCCAAACACCAGAGUAGUUCUGACCGGCAAGCCGGCGUCCAAGCCGGUCUAGAUCUGCACGAUAAGGCGAGAAAUCUGGGUCCCAGGUGGCACCCUAACUCUCAAAAGGACCCACACAAGCCCUUUCCUCUUCUGGCCAUUGUCCUGGCGUCUGAAAUGGAAGUGCGGGGGUUGGACGAGGUGGUGUUUACCGGUUAAGUUUUUCUGGAGUCCCCUUGGCAUAGGGCACACAGUGACUGGCAGUAGAGACUGACGCGGCCUGGGGACCACCUCCCUCUCCUUCCUGAAUAGCCCUGCUGGGCCUGGGCGAGGAAGCUGGCAGCAGUUCCUAGAGGUUUCUACCCUAUGGUUAUGUCCCUGACCUCGGUGCUUGGGGGCGGGAAGGGUGGGCCGGCUGCAGGCAGCCUGUGGCUGCGGAACCUCCUUGUCUUGGGCUUGAAGUUGCUCUGUUGGGAAGAGGUAUUUUUUCCGGUUAAAGCCGAUUUCGGGAAUUGAGCUAGGGCCCGCCUGAUUUUCCUUUCCAAGUGUCCUGCUUGCUUGUACCAUGCGUGGCCCAGGGGCCAGAUCAGAGUACUCUCAAAGGGGCAUAAAUCCCCUCCCCUCAAAUUAUCCAAUGCCUCUUAAGGAGGUCUGGCUCUUGCUCCCCGGGCAUCGCACCAGCUGAUGGGGGAGGGGUGAGUAGAUGAUCCUCUACCCAGGAAUGCCUGCAGGAGAGGGCCAGGGACAGCCUACCCUCUCCCAGACAGUUCCUCUCUCCCUGCAGGCCGCAGGAACUCCAGAGAACAGUUCGCUGCUCCUCAGCUACCUGUGCAUCCCUAACUGUGUAUGGAGCACUGACCUGCCCAGCUCCACUAAGAUGCUCCUGGCCUCUCCCUCCACGCCAUCGAGGGCACGAACCCCCAGCGCCGUGGAGAGGCUGGAGGCCGACAAAGCCAAGUACGUCAAGACGCAGCAGGUGAUCGUACGUCGUCAGGAGCCAGCCCUGCGAGGGGGACCAGGACCGCUGACGCCACACCCUUGCAAUGAGCUGGGAGCCUCUGCCUCGCCCAGGACGCCUGGGCCUGCUCGCCGGGGUAGCGGCAGGCGACAGCCGAGGCCUGACUCCCUCAUCUUCUACCGCCAGAAGCGGGACUGCAAGGCUUCGGUGAACAAAGAGAACGCCAAGGGCCAGGGGCUAGUACGGCGCCUCUUCCUGGGCGCCCCCCGGGAUGCUGCCCCGAGCAGCCCGGGACCUACAGAGAGACCCGCGGCUCCUGCGGGCUGGGCUGGGUCCCCGGAUGCUCCGGAGGCGACAGGGAAGAGAGCGUUGUGUCCCACGUGCUCGCUGCCCCUGUCGGAGAAGGAGCGCUUCUUCAACUACUGCGGCCUGGAGCGCGCGCUGGUGGAGGUGCUGGGCGCCGAGCGCUUCUCCCCGCAGAGCUGGGGCGCCGAGCACAGCCCGCAGGUCGCAACGUCGCCGCCGCCGGCCUCCGGGGACACCAGCGAUUGGACAUCCAGCGACGGGGACGCGGGCAGCCCGGACUGUGCGGGAGGCGGCGGUGGCGGCGGCUCGGAGGCGGCGGGGUCCGCGCGGGACGGACGCCCCUCGGUGUCAGUGGUGGAACGCAACGCGCGCGUCAUCCAGUGGUUGUACGGCUGCCAGCGCGCGCGCGCCCCGCCGCGCGAGUCCGAGGUGUGAGCAUCACGGCACGGGAGACGGCUCCCGGAGAGCUCGCCUCGUCCGUGAACAAACCCUUUGCCUAGAUCUGUUUCCCCAUCUGCACCCUGAGCAGGCGGGACCACGAGGGCCAGGCGCAGACUGAGGGAA